AUGGCGUCACGGAAGAAGGUUCUCCUCAAGGUGAUCAUCCUUGGUGACAGCGGCGUUGGCAAAACCAGUCUGAUGAACCAAUAUGUCAACAAGAAGUUCAGCGGAAGCUACAAGGCGACUAUCGGAGCUGACUUCCUUACUAAAGAGGUUCUCGUGGAUGACCGACUGGUGACCAUGCAGAUCUGGGAUACUGCUGGCCAAGAGCGUUUCCAGUCAUUGGGCGUCGCUUUCUACCGUGGAGCUGAUUGCUGCGUUUUGGUGUACGACGUGAACAACUCCAAGAGUUUCGAAGCUCUCGACAGCUGGCGGGAUGAAUUUUUGAUUCAGGCCAGCCCGCGUGACCCUGAGAGCUUUCCUUUUGUUGUCAUCGGUAACAAGAUUGAUGUGGAAGAGAACAAGCGCAUGAUUUCCUCUAAACGAGCCAUGACCUUCUGCCAGUCCAAGGGCAACAUUCCCUACUUCGAGACCAGUGCUAAAGAGGCUGUCAACGUUGAGCAGGCAUUUGAAGUCAUCGCCCGGAGCGCGCUCGCACAGGAAGAGGCCGAGGAAUUCAGUGGAGAGUUUAGUGACCCGAUCAACAUCCAUCUGGACAAUGAGCGCGAUGGCUGUGCCUGUUGA